UCCACCAGAUCUAGGAUCUCCAUCCACUCCACUGUCGAGUCUCCAGCAAUGGGUCGCCAACUGCCGCCGGCGGCGAAACCUCCGUCGAUCCCCUCCGCGGCCACCGCCACCGCCACCUACGCUACCGUCGCCGACGGAACCACCACCAUAUCCUCGCUCGGCCAAGACCAACUCCUCGAGAUCUUCCUCCGCUUGCCCAACCUGCUGGCGCUCGUCCGCGCCGCGCUCACCUGCCGCUCCUGGCUCGGCGCCGUCCGCUCCUCCCGGCCCUUCCGCCGCCUCUUCCGCGCCCUCCACCCGGCGCCACUCCUCGGGCUGUUCCUCGAAGUCGACGAAGAUGCCGCCCCCUCCUUCGCCCCCCUGCGCCGCACAGAUCCCGACGUCGCCGCCGCCCUCCGCCACGGCGACUUCUUCCUCACCUCCCUCCCCGCGUACACGGGCUGGGGCAUCGUGGACUGCCGCGACGGUUACAUCCUCCUGUGGAACUGGAACAUGAUGUCCGUCGCCGCCGUGAACCCCAUGACCUGGGCCGUGGACAUCAUCCCGUUGCCUGAGCCCGAGGAUGCCAAGGAAGGGUGUCUCCGUGGUUUCGCCUGGCUUGGUUCACGUCUGCUGUCUUGUGAGGAGAACCCCUGGUCGUUCUGGGUGGUCUGCGUCUGCGCCGACGUGUCUAGGGUUCGGGCUGCCGUCUUCUCGUCGGAAACAUGGGAUUGGGCCAUCCACCCGUGGGUUGAAAUCGGCGGUGACAACAGCCUCAAGUACAAUGCUGGCAUGCUGGUCCAUGGUUCCGUUUACUGGCCUUUCCAUGGCGAACACCGCAUGAUAAGGAUCAACACAGCCACCACCAUGGAGGUCACCAAUGUGGAUCUACCCUCGCAGGUGGAUGUGGAGAGGUGCAAUUACAAGGCUGGGGAGACUAAGGAUGGUCAGCUAUGCAUUGUCCAUGCAUCUCAUGAUGACUUCCUUCCUGCUCCAUGUUUGGAUCCGUGGUGUGGAUGGUGAUGGGAUUGGGAUUUGGGUGCCGCUGAACAUACAUACUCUCUUUGAGUGAAGAAAUUGGUCGGGUCACUCGGGGCUGGCUGGGCCACCUUAGGGUUGUGCAACUUAGGUCUGGAUAUGUCUACUUGUCCAUGAAAUGCAUUACCCCUGUUGGCAUACUCCGCUGCUGGUUCUUAUCCCUUCCAUUGGAGACCAUGAAGAUUGAGUCACUGAUCCACGGGACAUUUGGGGACUGUGCCUAUCCGUACGUUAUGGCCUGACCUCCUUAUUUGAUUGGUGAUGGUGGUGGGGGCACUGGGCAUGAAGUUGAAGGUUCUCACUGAAAUCUGCAGUUGUUCGUCUUAUAUGCUGAAAUUAAUGCAAAUUUCCAGCAGCAGGGGAGAUUUGCGUUUUUGGUGAAGAGGAGGAGAACCUGUGGGCGGACCAGUAACUGAAAAGUCGUGUGCUCGGCGUCGAAUGCAUUUAUGUUGACUGAUGGUGUAAAGUUGGGAACCAGACCAGAUGCAUUUGAUUUGAUCUGUUUGUAGAAAGUAUGUAUUGCCAGAUUGACUCAGGUAGUGAGUGGUGAAUGCUCGAAAUGAUAUAGUGAGUCUGCUGCUUUGCCAAUUGCCAUGAACAGUGUAAUCUGCUGUCGUUUCAGAACAUUCAGAGAUAUGGUGAGUUGAAGCUUCUGGAUGUUGUAUUCAAACACAACAUUUUGUGGCGAUGGUUUCAGAAUGGUUAGUA